AAGUUUUUUUUAACGACAGCUGAAGUUGAAGUCAUCUGUCCAGAGGAUAAACCCUGAGAGAACCGCGUCUUUCUUUUUUCCCCCCAUCCGUUUUUGCUUAAAUAGAUGGACCUGAGUUCAGAGAAAAUCCAGCGGAUCCUCGCCAAGUACAAAUUCCGCGAUGUUGCUGUUGAGGAGCUGCAGAAAAUCCAUCGUAUCUACCCCGAGAUGAAACCUUCCACAGGCACAUACACAUUCAGUGACAGCAGCCAGAAAGAUCUACUGAAAUUAAUCGGGAACAUCCCUGUCCAGUAUGAAGGCCGUACCUACAACUUUCCCAUUCAGCUGUGGCUGAUGGACUCAUUCCCCUUCACUCCUCCCAUAUGCCUCCUGAGACCGACCCCUAACAUGGUCAUCAGAGAGGGCAAGCAUGUUGAUGCCAGGGGACGGAUCUAUCUGCCGGGGCUGCACAACUGGGAUCAUCCCAAGUCAUCCGUGGUGGGUCUUGUGAAUGAGAUGAUUGCCAAGUUUGAAGAGGAUCCUCCGCUGUCCUCAAAGACCACAGCAGACAACAAAGACCCCCACGAGCUUCUGGCAUUUGUCUCCAAUCUCCAGAUCAAUGAUGGUGGAAUCAGACACCAUGAUCAAUCCAUCAACAAAGUCUCAGUGAUCGGGGGAGGAGAUUUGGGAAUGGCUUCUGUGAUGAGCAUUUUGGCUAAGUGCAAAGUGGAUAAACUGGUUUUCGUCGACGUUGCUGAAAGUUCCACUAAGGGCGGCAGUACAGAUCUAGAGAUUUUCAAUCUGCCAGUGGUUGAGGUAUCCAGAGAUUUGUCGGCCUCUGCAGGUUCCAGAGUUAUUGUGGUGACUGCAAAUGCGUGGAGCAGCGAGCAGUCAUACGUGAGCGUGGUUCAGACCAACGUGGACUUGUACAGAGGAAUCAUCCCAAAUCUGGCACGACUCAGCCCUGCCGCUGUGAUGCUCAUCGCUUCACAGCCAGUGGACAUCAUGACCCACAUCGCCUGGAGGCAGAGUGGCUUACCUCCGACGCAGGUGAUCGGAGCUGGGUGUAAUCUGGACUCAGAGCGACUCAGUCACGUUCUGGAUAUUAACCUGAACACCCACAAACCAGCCUGGGUCAUUGGUGAACUUUCAGACAACAAAGUUGCUGUGAUGAGUAACACUGGGCUGAGCUCCAGCAUGCAGCCAGAGAUCACCCUAGGAUCCAGCGCCACAAAACCAUUGUUAGACAGAGCGUUUGAAAUCAUGAAGAAUCGAGGCCAGCGAUCGUGGUCCGUGGGUCUGUCCAUUGCUGACAUCACGAACAGUAUCGUGACAGAUAAAAGGAAGAUCCACUCUGUCUCCACACUGGCUCAGGGCUGGAGUGGUAUAGGAGCAGAGGUGUUCCUCAGCCUGCCGUGCGUCAUGGGAUCAAACGGUUCCACACGCCUGGCUGGAGUAUCACUGGGACAGGAGGAGGACUCCAAGCUCAGGGACAGUGUCACUUCCCUUUCAAACCUCAUUAGUCAGCUCAGGAUAUGAUUGCAUUCACAGUUCGAGGCGCUACUGACCAGUCUGGGAGCAGCUGCUGCCUCAAGACAGGUCAGUUCUCCAUUCAGCACUCUCUCAGCAGACGGACAGUGCCUGCGCUGAAGAUGAAUGAAGUUUCUGUAAACUACUUAUACAGGAAUUUUGAAGUAAUGGACAGGAUUUCUGUCUUAAAUGUUUAACUUAAUCCUACAAUUUGUCCUUUGUCCUGUGUAUUAAAUGUGGGUGGAAAAAAAAAAUCUAAAAUGUAAAUGUACACAUUGCACUUUGUAUUUAAAUUUAACAGGACUGUGAGAAGUUACUCAUUUUGCCUCACAAAACUUACAGUUUGGUACGCGUUACAUGAAUGUACACAUUUUUUCUAAAAACCAUCAAAUUCUAUACAAAAGCAUCUUAAGAAUAACACUGCUUGUAGUUUUCAACAAGCAUAUUUUUAUCAAUAACAACUCAAGUUGUAUGUGAGAAUGUUAUCAUUAUUUUUUUCUACUAACCUCUAAUUUCUUGGGAGAAAAUCAAGGUGUGGGGAGAUAUAUGAAGAUUGUAUAUUAUAUGCAGUACAUGGUGCUGGUAUUGAAACAAUAUGUGUCAGUAUCGUUUGUGUCUUUGUGCUGUUUCCGUAUUUGAUGACGAAAUGAAAACACUUUUAAAAUGCCUUAAUACUUCAAUAGCCUUUAGCUUUUGUUUACUUUGUGUAAAGGCAUUGCACAGCUAAAACCUAAGAUAUGCACAGAAAGUAAAACUACAUGAUUUUGUGGGAGUGCAAUAAAUAUCUGACAUCCGA